AUGGAUAUUCAAGAUCUUACAUGUCCCAUUUGCAUGUGUAUUGCUGAGGAUCCGCAAAUAACGUCAUGUUGUAAUCGAGUAUUUUGUGUAAAAGAUGCUGAUCUAAUUCAAUAUACCAAUGGUUGUCCAUUAUGUCGUAAAAAACAUUUUUCAUUUAAAUCAUCUUCUAAACAUAAAGAAAUGCUCGAACAAUUAACUAUUAAAUGUGUUUGCUCUGAACGUAUAGCACCCGAUGACUAUGAGAGACAUCUAGAACGAUGUUCGAAUGUAACAUUUCCUUGUCCACAUAAUACAUGUCGAGAAAAAAAUGAUUUAGCAAAAUAUAAUUCUCAACAACUUGUUAGUCAUCUUGCUCGAUGUCAUUGUAAUGAAGUUUCUUUACUUGGUUCAACAUUUAUAAAUAAAAAAUCUGUUGAAACUUAUAAAAAAGCAUCUAUUAAAUAUAAUGAUCUUGUUUCAACACUUUAUUCAGUACUUUAUCCAAAAAUGAUUGAUAUACAAUUAAAAAAUUGUUCAUCAACUCUACGAAAUUCAUCAAUAUUUAAAUGUCCACAUGGACAUAAAUUAAUUGAAGCUGAUCAUACAAAACGUAAACGUAAAAAUGGUACAGUUUAUUCAUCAGCCAGUUAUAAUUGUGAUAUAUGUCAUCAUUCAUUUCCAAAUGGUCAAUCAUGGCAUUGUUCAUGUACAGAUACGGGUUUUGAUAAAUGUGUUGGUUGUCUUGUUUUUCAAUUAUAUAGUAUUGAUAAUAAUAUAUUAAAAUUAGCAAGUGAAGAUAAAGAAAAACAACAAGAACAUUAUAGACGAGGUAGUAUUCGUAAUAUUGUACAUUUGCCACGUGGUAUAUUUCGUUUAUUAACUGGACAUAUGGGUGAAAAUGAAGACGAUGAUGAUUCUAGUCUUUUAGCACUAAGACAUCAACCACCAUUUUUAAUUGAACAAAAUACAUUGGAAAGAAGAGAUAAUGAUACAAAUGGAGGUAAUCAUCGGGAAGAUUAA